UUCACAAUAGAGCCAAAAAACUACAAGUUUAUUGUCAAAAAAGCAGUCUUCUUGUCCGACUCAAUUCCAAAAUUUAAUUUGCAGAAAAUUUUACGAACAAAUUAUUAAGUGUUUAACGAAACGGCCGAUCAUUCAUUGCUAACGACGACACAAAGUAUUUCCAGAACCAGUUCACCACCAUCUCAAACAAAGAAAAAGGCAGCAUAACAAACUCCCAAGGGCACUGAUAUAUUUAUUUGGAAUUACAUUGUUAUCAUUGUUUUGGGCAUAUUUGGAAACAACUAGAGCCCAUAAAGAGCAUUAACUAAAAACAAAUUUUUGCCAUACUUCCAAUAAAAAAAAAAUAGCCAAGUCGAGCCCAGGAGUUGAUUGCUUGCUUAUCGGUGCUUGGAUUAAAUCAUUGUCAUCCUAAAUGUCACAUUCUCUGGCCUCCACAUCAAAUUCACCCCUGGCCACACCCAGCAGCUCAGCUGUACGUGCAUUGUCCCUAGAAUAUAAAUCUCUGCAGGAGGAACCCGUCGAGGGUUUCCGUGUUAAGUUGGUCAAUGAAGAUAAUCUCUUCGAAUGGGAGGUAGCCAUAUUUGGACCCCCCGAUACCCUAUAUCAGGGUGGUUACUUUAAGGCUCACAUGAAAUUCCCUCCCGACUAUCCCUAUUCACCACCCUCAAUACGUUUUCUGACAAAAGUUUGGCAUCCAAAUGUCUAUGAAAACGGUGAUUUGUGCAUUUCGAUACUCCAUCCACCCGUAGAUGAUCCACAAAGUGGCGAGUUGCCGUGCGAACGUUGGAAUCCAACACAAAAUGUGCGUACCAUUCUGCUGUCCGUGAUUUCUUUGCUCAAUGAACCAAAUACCUAUUCACCGGCCAAUGUUGAUGCCUCGGUAAUGUAUCGACGAUGGAGAGAUUCUCAGGGUAAGGAUAAUGAAUAUCCCAAUAUCAUACGUAAACAGGCCCUGGCCGCCAAUGCGGAUGCCAUAAAGGAGGGCAUUGUGGUGCCCAUGACAUUGGAGGAUUAUUGCAUUAAACCUAAGCGAAAAGAAAACACAGAACCCACACUGGAUUCCAACUUUUUCGAUGAUGUCUUUGAUUUGGAAACCGAAGAUGAUAUGCCAACCGAUGACGAUGAUGACGAGGAGGAGGAUGAUGAUGACGACGAUGCGGAUAAUGCAGAUGAUAGUGGAAAGGGUGAAACAACAUAAAGGAAUCCGGGGGAAAUUUCGCCAAAAUGCCGUAUUCGGGCGUAACCGACAUUUCGUUUUUGGGUGUUUCCGGGGAAGAGAGCAGAUUUCUCGUCUUCACAAUAGUUUAUAAUCAACAACAACAACUCAUUACAAUUAAAAUUUUGAGUAUUUUGUAAUUUAUUUUAUUUUAUAUCUUUUAUUUCAUCAUUUUUUGUUUGUUUUUAAUUUGAAAAAAAAAAAUUCUUUGACAAAUCUCAAGCAAAAUUAUCGUUUAAAUAAAAACUAAAAACCUCUAUAUAAAAGCAAUUAACAAAAAAAUUAUUUCACUUUCCUCCUAUCUACAAAACUGUUAUACAUAUUAAAAAGAAAGAAUAUCAAAUAGCUUAACUCACUAAACAAAAAAAAAAACAAA